GCCCCGGCUCCGCCUCCCCCGCUCCGCCGGCGCUGGGAGCUCCCUUCGCCUGUUUGCCCUUAUUUAAUUUCGAGUGUGAUUUUGCUAUUUUUAGCAGCUGGAUCCCCUCCAAUCCGCAGUCGCCGCGGGCGGGGGGUCCCUUCGCUCCGCAACACAGACCCGCCGGGAAAAACAAAACCAUCAAACCGCCCCCAAAACCCUCCGCGAACACCCGGCUCCGGGAUCAAGCUGACUACAAUGAGUGAAUCCAGCGCCAAAUCCAGCCAGCCCCUGGCCUCCAAAGGGGAGAAAGACGUGUCGGAGAAGAGGGGCCGAGGGCGGCCUAGGAAGAAGCCGCAGCAGGAGCCCAGCGAGGCCCCGACCCCCAAGAGACCCCGUGGACGGCCGAAGGGCAGUAAAAACAAGGCCACCACAAAGGGCAGGAAAGCUGCAGUCACACCAGGGAGGAAACCUCGAGGGCGACCCAAAAAAUCGGUGAGUGGGCUUUUCCCUACCCUACCCACCCUGGCAGGGCGCUGGGCACUUUGGGGGCACGGCAGCUCCCCAGAGAGUCCCAUGAAUACAGGGUGGAUGCUUUCAGGUUGGAGGAGCUCAGAGCAGUUGUGUGAGUAGGACACGGCACUGGGUGGGCUCCAAACCCCCUAGGGCUGGGGAUUUCAGGAAUCCUGCCCCCCCCACCUCCCCAUAGGCCCAAGAGCAGCGUUGGGUGUUUGGUCCUGCCCUGGGGACGUGCUGGCACACGCCUGCCCAGAUCCCUGCACAGCAUUCCUGCAGCCCGUGGGUGCAGCCACCCCCUUCCUUUACUGAGCUUUCCCUCCUCCAUUCCAUUUUUUCUCCAUUCCCCUCAGUUCGCAGCUCAGGCAGCUGCCAGGUACCCGGACAGUUUCAUCUCCCUUCCCUGCGUGUCCCAGAUUUUGUUCUUUUUCCCACUGAAAUUCCUUGCAGAGCUGAGGGUGGCAAACCCGAGGUGGCAUCCUGGGGUCUCCUGUGCCGGUGU